AUGACGAACAACCUGAUCAGCGUGUUUUACCUCAGCGCUAGUAGUUGGUUGCUCCUCGCGCUCCUGUGCGCCGUAGCACUGCCAGAGAGCCUAUCGAUAGAGACGAGGGACAAGAAGCGGGUAGAGAGGGAGCAUAAGAGGCUUGCCAGGACAGGCAGAUGGUGGGACUUUGCUGCUCCGCUGGCGAUAUUCGUUCCGAAGAAGAGGGUGGGCCGGUUCCGCAGGGACUGGAACUUGCUUGCUGUUGGCACGGCGGCGUUUACGAUGCUGCUGGUUUAUGGGAUCUAUCAUAUGAAGUUCCAGUAUGCUAUCUUCACAUACGCGUGGGGGUCAGAACAGCUCGGCUACUACCUGGCAUACAUCGGCUCUGCUCGUGCCGUCCACCUCCUGCUCCUGUUGCCCGCCGUCAUCCGCCUCAUAAGACACUACUAUGGCACGCACUCCCUCUCCACCGACCACCGGCUAGCAACCUUUUCCGUAGCACUCGACGUCCUAGCCUACACGCUCACCUCCCUCUCCCCACCCUCGGCAAUGUGGGCGUUCGUCCUCUUCACAUCUAUGUCGAGCUUUGCGGGCGGAGCGCUGCCCGCGAUGCAUGCCCUUGCCUUGGGGAUACUGACAGCGCAGGAGAAAGAAGAGGCGGAAGCGGCAGGAAGUGGAGUUUCUGUAGAAGUGAAUCAUGCAGGAAGACUGUUUGGAGCAUUUGGCCUCGUACAGGCGACGUCGCAGAUCUUGCUCGGGCCGUUGAUGUUUGGCGCACUGUACAGCAUUAGCGUCUACAGCUUCCCCAAGGCGAUAUUUGUCGUUGCUGCUGGGCUUCUUGCCGUCGCAUGCUUCUGUCUCACUACCGUGCGGCUGAGCAAAGAAGACAAGCACCGGGCAGAGGAGGGAGCGAUAGAACGAGAACACGGUGGGGGUCCUUGA